AUGACGCACCGUGUCGUCCCCAGCGGCGGUGCUGCGCGGGAGGCGGCCGGGGGCACGCUGGGCUCGAUCAGCGGCUUCCCCUCAAGCUGCGCCGAAAGCACGGAUUUGGCGGACGUUCUUGGCUUCAACUUUACGGAUGUCUUGGCACCAGCUGAAGGCUUGCCCCCGUCCACGGCCGAAAUCACGCAGUUUGUGCACGGUAUUCAGAUUUUGCUCUUUGCAGAGCCCUUAGCCACCCUUUAUGUCUUGCGCGGUCAAAAAUCUACCCUUGCUCCUGGCAGGAUAGGGCUUAGGGGCCUCAGGCGCGAGCGCAAGUCCGCCUGCCUCACGCGGCGUCGGGUCGAGACGCCGCCGCCUCCGCUGCGCGACGCCGGAGGCGGGGCGGCGUGGGGGCUGACGCCUCAGCAGGCGUCAGCCGGGGGCGAAAAGCUCGCCUCUUGCGCUGGAUUCGCCACCGCCGCCACCGCCGCCACCACUGUUGCGACAACCACGGAGAAGAAGGGCUGUUGGCGCGACAACACGGAUUUUCGCCCCACGAGGAUUGCGAGCGCUGGCCUGCGCCACCCGUCGGCCAUCCAGCGCGCGGCCGCGCCGCGCAUCUUUGCCGGCGAGAGCGUCGCCGUGCACGCGGAGACCGGCUCAGGCAAGACGCUCGCCUGCCUGGUGCCGCUGCUCGCGCGCUGUCGGCCCGGCGUGCCCAGGCAAGUGCUCGUGGUGGUGCCGUCGCACCAGCUCGCGCUGCAGACACGCGACGCGGCCGACGCUCUCCGCGUCGACGGCGUCCCCACCGCUGAGCUCCUCCGGCCGGCGCGCCGGGCGAGGCGUGAGGCGGCGCUCGAGGAGCAGCGCGCCGAGGUUGACGAGCAGCUGUCGCUUCCGCCGAGGCUGGAGCUGCGGCGCUCGAUGCGGCGGCGCGCGUCUCGCGACCGCUACCUGCGGCAGAGCGACCUGCCGAAUGCGCUCCGCCUCCUCGUGCAGCGCACCAGGCGGCCGCACCGCACCCCGUCCCACGGGCGCGGCGCGGGUGUCGGCGAUGGCGAGGGAGGCGCGGCCGACGAUGAGGGAGAGGGAGGCGAGUUUGAGGGCGGCGGCAAGUCGGCGGAGCGGCCGCGGUCGAGCUUUGGUCGCGUGCAGGUGGUGGCGCUCAGCGCGACGAUGAGCCACAAGGCCCUGCGCGACCUCCUCGCCGUUGUCGGCCGCGAGGCCGGCAAGCUCGGGAUCGUGGUGGCGAAAGACGGCGACGCCGCCGGCGCACGCGCCUUGUCGCAGGAGCGGCCGGCGCUGCCUCCGAUUGGGCCGCCGCCGGCGGCUGUGAGCGAGCGCGAGGCGCGCGAGGUCUGGGCGAGGUACAUGGACGAGGCUGGGGCGGGCACUGAGCCGGGCGGCGGGCGUGCGCUUGGCCGAGAGGAGGGGCGCGGCGUGCGGGGCGGGGUCCUGCGUGUGCCGGUCCCCGCCGCGAUCGCGCACCAGCACUGGGUGUGCCGCGAGGCGGACAAGGCUGCGGCGGCCGUCGCGGCGAUGCGCGAGCUGCGCCCCUCCCUCGCGCUCCUCGUGGUGGGCGAGCUGGAGGCGGAGGGCCUCGAGGGGGCGCUGACGCUCGACGCCGUCACCGCGCGCGCGGCGGCGCACGAGUCGGCGAUCCGCGGGCUCGACUUGCCGGAGGUCGAGCUGGUGCUCAUCACGAUGGCGCCCGACUCGCCGGAGUCGUACAUGCACAUGGCGGGCCGGACGGGCCGGUUUGGACGGCGGGGCGAGGUCGUGUCGAUCCUCACGCCGCGCGAGCUGAGCGCGGCCGGCGUCGUGACCGCCUCGCUGCGCGGCGUCAAGUUCCGCACCAGGCGCUGGAUUGCGCGAGAGGAGGCGCUGGAAGAGACGAGUGGCGCGCCGGAGGUGCAUGUCCGGACGAGCGCCUUGAGAGCAAUGCGGCGCAAGAGCCUCAGUCUGAGCCAGCGGCAGGCUGCGGACGCAGCUCUUACAUUUCAGUAG